CAUUUACUUGGUUUUUGGUUGGGACAGAUUUAGGUUUUGAAGAUAUCUGAGAGCAUUUAUUGUGGAAAGCUUUAGCUUUUUGUUUUUCUGUCGAAUUAUGAUGUGUUGUAUCUUGCAUCCUUGAAAAAAUGAACACGUUUACUUUGUGUUUUGUUGAAACAUUCUCUGACUCUUCCUUCGGGAUAAAUUGAAACAGUUUGUGAUCGUUUUCCUUAGUUUGAAUUAUUUUGAAGCAUUCUGUGAGAAUUUCCAUUCAUUUGAAAACAUUUGAAGUAUUUUGCGAGCAUUUCCACUUAUUUCAAAACAUUUGAAGCGUUUUGUAAGCUUCUUCGUUUGUUUGGAACAAAAAUGAAGCAAUUUGCGAGCAUUUUCGUUUGUUUGAAGCAUUUUGUGAGCAUUUUCGAUGGCGAGAAGUACUCAGGUGGCAUUUUGACCGGUUUGAGCAUUUUAUAAGCAUUAUCGUUCGUCUGUAAGAAAUUCGGCCUUUUUUCAAUAGAUCUCGUAUGAUCCCCUGUUUUGUACAGGGAAUUUAAAGCUCAUUUUUUGAGCUGCACUUUAUGGGAUAUCUGCCUCUUUUUUGCCGUUUGUCUUGAAGGAGCUUCAAAGUCUGAUAACUAUAAAAUAUGCCUCGAGACAUGUUGAGUGUUGCAUCAGGUAAUCCUUUGGAAGUGCCAAACAAGACUACAGAGACCUUCCACAGUGCCACUGAAAAUGGGGCUUUUGAUAUCUCUAAACUUCUGGAGAAGCCAAGGCCAAUUAAUAUUGAGCGCCAGAGAUCUUUUGAGGAAAGAUCUAUGAGUGAGCUGUCUUCUGGAUUGUCCCCUCAUUUUUUUAACGCAAGGAAUAUAGAUAGCCACUAUGAGGGAUUGCUUUCACCUGGCAGAAGAUCAGUUCAGGACACCCCUCGAUCAUUUCAGCAUUCCUUUGAACCACAUCCUAUGAUUGCUGAUGCUUGGGAGACUUUGAGAAGAUCAUUGGUUUACUUUCGUGGAAAGCCUGUCGGGACAAUUGCUGCCAUAGACAAUUCAGGGGAAGAAGUACUUAAUUAUAAUCAGGUAUUUGUGAGGGAUUUUGUUCCAAGUGCACUGGCAUUUUUGAUGAAUGGUGAGCCAGAGAUAGUGAAGAAUUUCCUAUUGAAAACUCUUCGGCUUCAGGCAUGGGAAAAGCAAAUAGACCGUUUUACUUUGGGAGAAGGGGUUAUGCCUGCCAGUUUCAAAGUACUUCACGAUCCUAUUAGAAAUACUGAUACCAUGAUUGCAGAUUUUGGGGAGAGUGCAAUAGGUAGGGUUGCUCCUGUUGAUUCCGGGUUUUGGUGGAUUAUUCUUCUGCGGGCCUACCAAAAGUCUACAGGGGAUCAUUCACUAGCAGAUAUGCCUGAUUGCCAACGAGGAAUGAGGCUUAUACUCACUUUAUGCCUUGCAGAGGGCUUUGACACAUUUCCUACUCUUCUUUGUGCUGAUGGGUGCUCCAUGAUUGAUCGUAGGAUGGGAAUAUAUGGUUAUCCAAUUGAAAUUCAAGCAUUGUUCUUUAUGGCACUUAGAUGUGCUCGUCAAUUGCUUAAACCAGAAGCUGGAGGAAAAGAAUUCAUAGAACGAAUAGAUAAGCGAUUGCAUGCACUGAGUUAUCACAUGCGAAGUUAUUUCUGGCUUGACUUUCAGCAGCUCAAUGACAUCUACAGAUAUAAGACAGAGGAAUAUUCCCACACAGCUGUGAAUAAGUUUAAUGUCAUACCUGAUUCUCUUCCAGAUUGGGUAUUUGACUUCAUGCCAAUGAGGGGGGGUUAUUUCAUUGGAAACGUCAGCCCUGCAAGGAUGGACUUUAGAUGGUUUUGUCUCGGUAAUUGUGUUGCAAUUCUUUCUUCUUUGGCAACUCCUGAGCAAUCUGCAGCAAUAAUGGAUCUUAUUGAAGAGCGGUGGAAUGAGUUGGUGGGAGAUAUGCCCCUCAAGGUGGCUUACCCUGCCAUUGAGAGUCAUGAAUGGCGUAUUGUAACUGGUUGUGACCCAAAGAACACCAGAUGGAGCUACCAUAAUGGAGGAUCCUGGCCAGUAUUGCUGUGGUUGCUUACGGCAGCCUGCAUCAAAACAGGAAGGCCACACAUUGCAAAACGCGCAAUCGAGCUUGCGGAACGACGACUAUCUAAAGACAGCUGGCCUGAAUAUUACGAUGGCAAACUGGGACGAUACGUUGGAAAGCAGGCAAGGAAGUUGCAGACGUGGUCUGUAGCAGGUUAUUUAGUCGCCAAGAUGAUGCUUGAAGAUCCAUCUCACUUGGGUAUGGUAUCUCUAGAAGAAGACAAGAAAAUGAAGACACAUCUUACAAGAUCUAAUUCCUGGACUUGCUAAGUUCUUCAUCAUCUUCUUCUUCGCUCUUUGUACUUAAGAAGUAGGUUUAGGCUUAGGGUUACCCUCGUUCCUAGGUUUUUAUGUAUGCUCUGUCUCUUCUUAAUUAAAGAAGAAGAAUAUUGAACACAUCAAGAUGAUGAAGUGAUGAAAUUUCCUGAGAGUAUUAGGAGCCAUGUGUUACACAUGGUAUUGAAGAAGCGAUCCCAUAGGAAGCCAUGUGUUUAGGCAAUAACUUUGUCCUCGUUGCCUUCAUAAGUAUGAACGUCUGAACACUCACACAGAUGUGCACAAAGAUUACGACAUACAGCAGGGUGUACACUCUUGCAUGGGUCGUAAUGCAUAUGCAGGGCUGGUGGGUUGGUUUGAGAUAAAAUUUCAACAGGGCCCCUCCUGGCGCUUCCUCCUAAUAUGGCUCACUCUGUUCUUGAUAUAAUAUAAAUGGCAUGGUAAUAUUUCUCUC